AUGGAUCAUCAAUUCGUGCUGUGUAAAGCAGCUCUGUUAUUUGCAGUUACGCGAUGGCUGUUGUCCUUUGCCCUAGAUCUAUUGACCGCUUCUGUCGGAUUCUUCUCAUCCGAUUCCAACUCCAAUUCCAAUUCCAAUUCGAAUCGGUGCUCUUCUUCUUCUUCGGCGGCGGCGGCGAAUUUGAGGUUAGUGAGAGAGAGUCUCACACUGACGACGAUCGGCGAGAUCGAGCACCGGCGGGGGACGGCGGAGUGCGGCGGCGGCGGCGGAGACUCGUCGUGCGCGGUGUGCUUGGACGGGCUGAGGAAGAGCAGCCAGGUGUGGGAGCUGAGCAACUGCUGCCACGUGUUCCACAAGCACUGCCUCGAGAGGUGGCUGGCUUACGACAGCAGGCUGACGUGCCCGCUGUGCCGGGCUUCUCUGAUCGCCGUCAGCCCUCUGCCGCCGCCUGCUUCUCCGCCGCCGCCUAGCUGGGCGGUGGAGCGGAUGCUUUAUUUAUUCGGAGAUGAUCUGCUUCCUUGAUUUCACCCCAAACUCACUUUCCCAAAUAUGUGAAUAGACCGAAUUUUUUUUUUUUUUUUUUUUUUUUUAUAGGUUAUUAGAUUUUUCUAGGUAUAUGGAUUCAGAAACGGGUCGGGUUUUGCCCAUUUUGGCUGACCCGGAAGAAAGUUCAAAAUUCAUUUUUACGAAUUGGUGCAUUUGUAAUAUUGAGCUGAAUAAUAAUAAAACAGCAAUUAUUUUCCCAAU